AGGCUUGAAGAAUCAACGGCGACAUUCACCAUGAAGUUCCUCAUUCCUCUGGCUUGCCUGCUGGCAGUACUGACACCGGCUCUCGGCAGACUGAUCGUUGGCGGGGUUGAAUCCACAGACAACUCCCGACCCUAUCAGGUGGCUCUCUAUAGCAAGAGCUUCUUUGGUGGUUACUCCCAGUUUUGCGGCGGUACCCUUGUCAACCAACAAUGGGUCGUUUCAGCAGCCCACUGCGUGUCAAGCAGAACUCUCUACGUAGGUUUGGGAUAUCACAGCAAGAACAGCCACGGUGGGUCCGGUCAACAGCUUGUCACGGGCACGUGGUAUCAGCAUCCUUCAUACAACAGCGGUACUCUCGAUAAUGACAUCGCCUUGAUCAAACUAAGCACCAGUGCCAACAUCGGCAACGGAAAGAUUGCGGCCAUUAGCAUCGGCAGCAGCCAGCCUGGUUCAGGGACGAACCUGCUCGUGAGCGGAUGGGGUACAACAUCAAGUGGGGGUUCAUCUUCAAGCGUUUUGAGGGAAGUGGUGGUCCAAGCGGAGUCCCAGAGUGAAUGCGAAACCGCCUACGGAUCCUCAUCGAUCACUAGCAACAUGUUUUGCGCGGCUGCUUCCGGAAAAGACUCCUGUCAGGGUGACAGCGGUGGCCCAAUUGUCAGCAGCUACGGGUCUAGCCCCGUCAGCGGCAGCACCCCCAACCCGACCUUGCGGGGCAUUGUCAGCUGGGGUUACGGCUGCGCUGAUUCUAGGUACCCCGGCGUCUACACCAACAUCGCCAACUACUGUAGCUGGAUAUCAUCCACUACCAGUGGGGCCGUCAACUGUUAAAAAGGAAGCCACCGGUGUAGUCGAGGGACGGACGCAUUUAUACUAAUCAUGCACAGGAGCUACGACGGUGCAUCGGUUGCGCUGCCUCUUGGCAUUCGACUUAAGACGUUUGCUAAAUCGAACUGAGAUUAUGCAAAAUUUCAAAAUAAACUAUUGUCAAAACAAUUAAGAAUCCAAAUAUGAAACAGCACUGAAGCACUCUAGAAAUGAACUAUACACACUUUGCUACUACUUAUCUCUCCUUUUGCACAUAAAUUCUUCAAUUUCUUUAAUUAGGACAAAACUGACAUGUGGUCCAAAUUGAUGCAAAACGGAGUGCAAAAGAAUGCAAAAAAGCUGAGUCAUAAGACAUUUCUGUCUUUUCUUCCGAUUUCUCCGAUAAAAACCACAACUGAAUUGUCUUUCCGGUCUCCAAAAUGCAGUGAGACCACUUCAGACCUUCACAAGACCACACGAGACCAGCACAAGACCAACACAAGGCCUCCAGUCUGAAUUCAAGUCACAAGCUAUUCAAAUGAACUGCAACAAAAGCUUUCCUUUGUCAUAGUUCACCCUGUUACUUCUGACUGGUUUGUCCAUGAUCUUGUCCAUGGUCUUGUCCAUGGUCUUGUCCAUGGUCUUACCCAUGGUCUUGUGUCUGGUCUUGUGUGUGGUCUUGUGUCUGGUCUUGUGCACGGUCUCAACUACAACACUGCCAAAAUGUCUUCAUUGGACAGCUCCGUGUUAUUAUGCGAUCAUGACUUCACACGAUUGGAUCUUACGGACCAGGACCCAA